AUUCUUUACAUUAGUCUUUUAUAUUGAUUUUAUAUUCAUUUCUUACUGUUUUUAGUAUUAAACACUAUAUUCUCUAUAAAAUGUGUUUUUGGUAUGUAUUUUGGAGUGUCUAGAUCAAAUUGGAUUUACAUUGAUUUCUAUGGAAAAUAAUUGCACCUGGUUUUUGUUGGUUUUCGUUGGUUUGGGAUUUUGCAGAUUGUUUUCUAAUUGAUUAUCAAUGAAAACAAGGGUAUCAUUGUAUUUGUACCAAUUCCCAAUAUAUCUUGAAUAUUAGACUUUUAUUGGAGAAAUUUGCUACAGAUGUUUUCUUCCCUAGCUAAUUGUUUCCCUUCUAAUUCUAAGUGCAUUGAUUUUGCCUGAGGAACAGCUUUUCAAGUUUAUGUAAUGAAAAUUUUUCUUUUUUUUUUUCCUGUAAGCAUACCUAUCCCUUGUCUGGUCCUGAAUAUCAACGCUCUAUAAUUGUUAAGGGUAUCAUGGUAACUGGUCCUCUGAUUUGCUUAUGAUAUGACCUUUAAUUAAGUAGGUCUUAAACCAAUUGGAAUUUAUUGUGGAUAGAUUGUGUGAGAUGUUGGUCUAAACCUGAUUUGUGUCAAACUGUUUCUUGCUUUUUGUUAUUAUUGUUGUUGAAUAAUGAGUCUCUGAAGUUGGAGACCUUGGCUUUGUCACUCUGUCCUGCCAUGUUUGAUUGCUUCUGAAUCUUGUGUAUCUAAUUGAUUGCAGUGGUCUUUGACUUUUCUAUUUUUUAACCAACAUUAAAGAUUUUUGAUGAUUAUUGUUCUGUAGUUUUGUUUGAAUUUUGAUAAUGUUUGGCUAUUUUCCUUCUCACUUUUUUUUCAUUAUUUCCCUUCAGGUUUUUGACCUUUUGUUUUUACAGAUGAAUUUUAUUAUUGUUUUUCUAGGCUCUUAAAGUAUAUCCCUUUGGUGGUUUGAGUGGUAUGUCACUAAAUCUAUAAACUAAUUUAGGUUGUAUAAGUUAAAAUGAACAAAUUACGGCAAAGUUUUAGGAGAAAGAAAGAUGUCUAUGUUCCUGAGGCCAGUCGCCCACAUCAGUGGCAAACAGAUGAAGAGGGUGUUCGCACUGGAAAAUGUAGUUUUCCAGUUAAGUACCUGGGCCAUGUAGAAGUUGACGAAUCAAGAGGAAUGCACAUUUGUGAAGAUGCCGUAAAGAGACUGAAAGCUCCUCGUACAAUAAUAGCGCUCGACUUGUCCCUCCUGUUCCUCCAGGAAAGGAAGUUCUUCAAAGGCUUCUUUGGAAAAACUGGAAAGAAGGCCGUGAAAGCAGUCCUGUGGGUUUCAGCAGAUGGACUCCGAGUUGUCGAUGAAAAAACUAAGGACCUCAUCGUUGACCAGACAAUAGAGAAAGUUUCUUUCUGUGCCCCAGACAGGAACUUUGAUAGGGCUUUCUCUUAUAUUUGUCGAGAUGGCACUACACGACGCUGGAUUUGCCAUUGCUUCAUGGCUGUUAAGGACACAGGAGAGAGACUGAGCCACGCAGUGGGUUGUGCUUUUGCCGCAUGCCUGGAACGGAAGCAGAAGCGGGAGAAGGAGUGUGGCGUGACGGCCACUUUUGAUGCCAGUCGGACCACCUUCACCAGGGAGGGCUCCUUCCGUGUCACUACGGCCACCGAGCAGGCAGAAAGAGAGGAGGUCAUGAGGCAGAUGCAGGACACAAAGAAAGCUGAAACAGAUAUGAAGACUACAGCGGCUUCAUCAGCAGUGCCCAGCAACACUGCCCCGUCCCCAUCUUCUCCUACCUCCCCAACGGCCGACACCACGGCCUCCCUGGAGAUGAGCAACCCCCAUGCCAUCCCGCGACGUCACGCACCCAUCGAGCAGCUUGCCAGACAAGGUUCGUUCCGAGGCUUUCCUGCCCUUAGUCAGAAGAUGUCGCCUUUUAAACGCCAGCUGUCCUUGCGCAUCAAUGAGUUGCCUUCCACUAUGCAAAGGAAGACUGACUUCCCCAUCAAAAAUGCAGUGCCAGAGGUAGAAGGGGAAGCAGAGAGCAUUAGCUCCUUGUGCUCACAGAUCACUAAUGCCUUCAGCACCCCCGAGGACCCCUUCUCAUCUGCCCCGAUGACCAAGCCCGUGGUGGUGGCACCGCAGUCCCCUGCCUUUCAAGCUAAUGGCACUGACCCUGCCUUCCAUGUGUUUGCUGCUAAGCCAGCCCAAACUGCUCUAGCACCCACAGCAAUGCCUGUUCGUGAAACCAACCCCUGGGCCCAUGCCCCUCCUGCUGCUAACAAGGAAGUUGCAGCUACACAUUCGGGCGCAGAAUGGGGUCCCUCACCUGGAGCAGCCUCACCGGGGAUCUUUCAAGCUGGUCAUCGGCGCACACCUUCCGAAGCUGACCGAUGGUUGGAAGAGGUUUCCAAGACAGUUAGGGCCCAGCAGCCCCAGGCUCCUGCUGCCCCACUGCAGCCAAUUCUCCAGCCUCCUCCACCCACAGCUCUCUCCCAGCCAGCACCGUCUUUUCAAGGAAAUGCUUUCACCACUUCUCCACCUGUGCCAGUGGGUGUAGUCCCACCAAUCCAGCCAGCAUUUGUUCCUGCCCGACCCUACCCUAUAGCCAAUGGGAUGCCCUAUCCACCCUCAAAUGUGCCUGUGGUCGGCAUCACCCCCUCACAAAUGGUGGCCAAUGUGUUUGGCACUGCAGGCCACCCCCAGGCAAAUCACCCCCAUCAAUCACCCAGCCUGGUCAGACAGCAGACAUUCCCUCAGUAUGAGACGAGCAGCGCCAUCACUAGCCCUUUCUUUACAGCCUCUGCCCAACACCUCAACGGUUCUGCAGCUUUCAAUGGUGUGGACAAUAGUAAGUUGGCUUCAGGGGACAAACCAUCGGAGGCUUCUGCUACUGCUGACCCAGUGGAUCCUUUUGAAGCUCAGUGGGCUGCAUUAGAAGGCAAGGCGAAACAGCGCACUAACCCCUCACCGACCAAUCCUUUCUCCAGUGACUUACAGAAGACAUUUGAGAUUGAACUUUAAGCAGCCCCUGGGGCUCAUGCACAGGGUCUGUCAUUUAGGUGAGGGAAGUGGGGUAAAGGAGAAAAGGGGACUUUCUUUUUCUGAUCAGCACACUUUUUGGUAAUCCCAAAGGCCCUAUGGAACAAAUUGGGGCACACAGUGCAGGAAGGAAUGAUUUUUAAGAAAAAUCACUUUUAAUAAUCCCAACAGAUGACCUGCCCUGCAGUUAAAGUAAAGGAGUCGUGGAAGCGUGCCCUUCCCAUGCCUCUCUCCCUCUUUAUCGCACCUAUUCUGGAGGAGCAGUGGCUAAAGAGAAGGAGCAGAAAGCUGUACCAGAAGCACAUUUGUAGGAUGGAGAGUGUAAUGUAAAGUAAAUAAGAUCUGCCUUUGUUUUUCAGUACAUCUGCUUGCCUCCAUUUGAGCACCUCAUGGGCAAAGGAACAUAGCCUGCCCCCAGCCUGAGGAGAGGAGGAGGAGGAGCAGGGUGUGCUGCCUGCCAAGAUUAAGGAGUAGGGAGAGGAAGCAUCAGAGCCCAGCAAAGCUGUCCUUUGAGGGGGGGAGGUGAGCUUCCACCUUAAGUAACAAUGAAUAUUAUAUAUAUAUACAUAUAUAUAUAUAUAUAUAUAUAUAAAUAUAUUACAAAAAAGCCAAAAUUUUUAUUUUUAUGCAUUUAGAAUAUUUUAAAUAGUUCAAUAUUAAAAAGUUGUAAGUAAUCUUGCCAAAGGGAAAAGAAGGUUAGCUGUAAGAAAUUGUAUAUAAAAGAUUGAUUUAUCAUUGAUUCCUAUCAAAAAUAACCAGAGAAGAGAGGUCAGAGGGUGUGACGAAGGGGGUUCCUAACUUGUUCUUUAGCAUUCGUUGUAAGUAGCACAUUGCAACAACAAUCAUGAGUCAUGACUAAUAAAGUUCCUAGAUGGUAUAAUAAAAUAAAGACAGUGAAAGAGCAGUAUUUUCCUGGCUUUCAAACAACUACAAAAUUCUAUUGGAUCUAAAAUAUAUACAAAUAUACAUACACGUGUGUGUGUGUAUAUAUAUAUAUAUGCAUGUGUAUAUGUGUGUGUAUAUAUAUACACACACAGUCUAUUUUCCUUUAUGUAUUGAUGCUCUUUCUUUGUGUUGAUCCUUUUCUUGCUUUUAACACUCCUGAGACAGUCACAGAAUCAUCUUCACAAGGGGGUGUCUGGGGCUAUGUUUUCCCAAGUGGCCCCAUGACCCCAGGUCUCAGCUGUUGCUUUUCUUCUCUGUCGUCAAUGAAAGUUUGUGCAGGAGAGAGGUCCUGCUUCCUUUAGCUUUUUGUGGUUUUUGUUUUUUACCCUCGUCUGUUUUGAUGAAUGAAAAGCCCAUUGCCAGCUACACCUGUUGGACCUCUGGUAACAAUACAAAAUCCCAUCUCAUUUCAUUUUACUUUUAAACGUUGGCCUUACAAAUCAAAUGUAAGUUAUAUAUAUAUAUAUAUAUAUAUGCAUAUAUAUAUAUAUUUGUACUGAUGACAAUUUAUAAUCUGCUUUAACAGAAAUAAAUGUUGGUGGUAAGAAACUUGCCAGUGGAA